AGAGCAUCCUGCGCCCCGGCGCGGGGCACUGCCGUAGCCUCGGGCCCCUCCCCUGGACCUGCCGCAGACCCAGAAUACAGAAACCGCAGCCAUGACCACGCACGUCACCCUGGAAGAUGCCCUCUCCAACGUGGACCUGCUCGAAGAGCUGCCCCUCCCUGACCAGCAGCCAUGCAUCGAGCCUCCGCCCUCCUCCAUCAUGUACCAGGCUAACUUUGACACGAACUUCGAGGACAGGAAUGCAUUUGUCACGGGCAUUGCAAGGUACAUUGAGCAGGCCACGGUGCACUCUAGCAUGAAUGAGAUGCUGGAGGAAGGACACGAGUAUGCCGUCAUGCUGUACACCUGGCGCAGCUGUUCCCGGGCCAUUCCCCAGGUAAAAUGCAACGAACAGCCCAACCGAGUGGAGAUCUACGAGAAGACCGUGGAGGUGCUGGAGCCAGAGGUCACCAAGCUUAUGAAGUUCAUGUACUUUCAGCGCAAGGCCAUCGAGCGGUUCUGCAGCGAGGUGAAGCGGCUGUGCCACGCCGAGCGCAGGAAGGACUUUGUCUCCGAGGCCUACCUCCUGACCCUGGGCAAGUUCAUCAACAUGUUCGCUGUCCUGGACGAGCUGAAGAACAUGAAGUGCAGCGUCAAGAACGACCACUCUGCCUAUAAGAGGGCGGCACAGUUCCUGAGGAAGAUGGCGGACCCCCAGUCUAUCCAGGAGUCGCAGAACCUGUCCAUGUUCCUGGCCAACCACAACAGGAUCACGCAGUGUCUCCAUCAGCAACUGGAAGUGAUCCCAGGCUACGAGGAGCUCCUGGCCGACAUCGUCAACAUCUGCGUGGACUACUACGAGAACAAGAUGUACCUGACCCCCAGCGAGAAACACAUGCUCCUCAAGGUGAUGGGCUUUGGCCUUUACCUGAUGGAUGGAAAUGUCAGUAACAUUUACAAACUGGAUGCCAAGAAGAGAAUCAAUCUUAGCAAAAUUGAUAAAUUCUUUAAGCAGCUGCAGGUGGUGCCCCUUUUCGGCGACAUGCAGAUAGAGCUGGCCAGAUACAUUAAGACCAGUGCUCACUAUGAAGAGAACAAGUCCAAGUGGACGUGCACCCAGAGCAGCAUCAGCCCUCAGUACAACAUCUGCGAGCAGAUGGUUCAGAUCCGGGAUGAUCACAUCCGCUUCAUCUCCGAACUCGCUCGCUACAGCAACAGUGAGGUGGUGACGGGCUCGGGGCUGGACAGCCAGAAAUCAGAUGAAGAGUAUCGCGAGCUCUUCGACCUGGCCCUGCGGGGCCUGCAGCUGCUGUCCAAGUGGAGUGCCCACGUCAUGGAGGUGUACUCUUGGAAGCUGGUUCACCCCACAGACAAGUUCUGCAACAAGGACUGCCCUGGCACGGCGGAGGAGUACGAGAGAGCCACACGCUACAAUUACACCAGCGAGGAGAAGUUUGCCUUCGUUGAGGUGAUCGCCAUGAUCAAAGGCCUGCAGGUGCUCAUGGGCAGGAUGGAGAGCGUCUUCAACCAGGCCAUCAGGAACACCAUCUAUGCAGCCCUGCAGGACUUUGCCCAGGUGACGCUGCGCGAGCCCCUGCGGCAGGCGGUGCGGAAGAAGAAGAACGUCCUCAUCAGUGUCCUGCAGGCAAUUCGGAAGACCAUCUGUGACUGGGAGGGAGGGCGAGAGCCCCCCAACGACCCAUGCUUGAGAGGGGAGAAGGACCCCAAAGGUGGCUUUGACAUCAAGGUGCCCCGGCGUGCCGUGGGGCCGUCCAGCACACAGCUGUACAUGGUGCGAACCAUGCUUGAGUCGCUCAUCGCAGACAAAAGUGGCUCCAAGAAGACCCUGAGAAGCAGCCUGGACGGGCCCAUCGUGCUCGCCAUAGAGGACUUCCACAAACAGUCCUUCUUCUUCACGCACCUGCUCAACAUCAGUGAAGCCCUGCAGCAGUGCUGCGACCUCUCCCAGCUCUGGUUCCGAGAGUUCUUCCUGGAGUUAACCAUGGGCCGGCGGAUCCAGUUCCCCAUUGAGAUGUCCAUGCCCUGGAUUCUAACGGACCAUAUCCUGGAAACCAAAGAACCUUCCAUGAUGGAGUACGUCCUCUACCCUCUGGACCUGUACAACGACAGCGCCUACUACGCUCUGACCAAGUUUAAGAAGCAGUUCCUGUAUGACGAAAUCGAGGCCGAGGUGAACCUGUGUUUUGAUCAGUUUGUCUACAAGCUGGCGGACCAGAUCUUUGCUUACUACAAAGCCAUGGCCGGCAGUGUCCUGUUGGAUAAACGUUUUAGAGCUGAAUGCAAGAAUUACGGAGUCAUCAUUCCGUACCCACCGUCCAACCGCUAUGAAACGCUGCUGAAACAGAGACACGUCCAGCUGUUGGGUAGAUCAAUUGACUUGAACAGACUCAUCACCCAGCGCAUUUCUGCUGCCAUGUAUAAAUCCUUGGACCAGGCCAUCAGCCGCUUUGAGAGCGAGGACCUGACCUCUAUCGUGGAGCUGGAGUGGCUGCUAGAGAUUAACCGGCUCACACACCGGCUGCUCUGCAAGCACAUGACGCUGGACAGCUUUGACGCCAUGUUCCGGGAGGCCAAUCACAACGUGUCUGCCCCCUACGGCCGAAUCACACUGCACGUCUUUUGGGAGCUGAACUUUGACUUUCUCCCCAACUACUGCUACAAUGGGUCCACCAACCGUUUUGUCCGGACUGCCAUUCCCUUCACCCAAGAACCACAACGAGACAAACCCGCCAACGUCCAGCCUUAUUACCUCUAUGGGUCCAAGCCUCUCAACAUUGCCUACAGCCACAUCUAUAGCUCCUACAGGAACUUCGUGGGGCCCCCCCACUUCAAGACCAUCUGCAGACUGCUGGGUUACCAGGGCAUCGCUGUGGUCAUGGAGGAGCUGCUGAAGAUUGUCAAGAGCUUGCUCCAAGGCACGAUUCUCCAGUAUGUGAAAACGCUGAUAGAGGUCAUGCCCAAGAUAUGCCGCUUGCCCCGGCACGAGUAUGGCUCCCCAGGGAUCCUGGAGUUCUUCCAUCACCAGCUGAAGGACAUCAUCGAGUAUGCAGAGCUCAAAACAGACGUGUUCCAGAGCCUGAGGGAAGUGGGCAAUGCCAUCCUGUUCUGCCUCCUCAUAGAGCAAGCUCUGUCUCAGGAGGAAGUCUGUGAUUUGCUGCAUGCUGCACCCUUCCAGAACAUCUUGCCCAGAGUCUACAUCAAAGAGGGGGAACGCCUGGAGGUCCGAAUGAAGCGCCUGGAAGCCAAGUAUGCCCCUCUGCACCUGGUCCCUCUGAUAGAGCGGCUGGGGACUCCUCAGCAAAUCGCCAUCGCUCGGGAGGGUGACCUGCUGACCAAGGAGAGGCUGUGCUGUGGCCUGUCCAUGUUCGAGGUCAUCCUGACCCGCAUUCGGAGCUACCUGCAGGACCCCAUCUGGCGGGGCCCACCACCCACCAACGGCGUCAUGCACGUGGAUGAGUGCGUGGAGUUCCACCGGCUGUGGAGUGCCAUGCAGUUCGUCUACUGCAUCCCCGUGGGGACCAACGAAUUCACCGCUGAGCAGUGUUUCGGCGAUGGCUUGAACUGGGCUGGCUGCUCCAUCAUUGUCCUGCUGGGCCAGCAGCGUCGCUUCGACCUGUUCGACUUCUGUUACCACCUGCUGAAGGUGCAGAGGCAGGACGGGAAGGAUGAGAUCAUAAAGAACGUGCCCCUGAAGAAGAUGGCCGACCGGAUCAGGAAGUACCAGAUCUUGAACAAUGAGGUUUUUGCCAUCCUGAACAAGUACAUGAAGUCCGUGGAGACAGACAGUUCCACCGUGGAGCAUGUGCGCUGCUUCCAGCCACCCAUCCACCAGUCCUUGGCCACCACCUGCUAGGCAGAAGGUCCUGCAGACCCUUGACCAGCAGGAGGAGGAAAAGGAGGAGGAGCAGGGGAGAGAAAGCCACAGCCAGCCUGCCACAGGAUCCGACCGGACAGCGUGUGGGAUGGACCCGGAAGCAAACAAGCACCUCCCCAAACACAUCUGCACCAUUCCCAAGGGCGGGGCCUGUGCAUGCUCUCCCAUUGACAUCUCCAUGGUGGUUUGUCCAUAGCAUAAAUGAAAAAAAAAAAAGAAAA